AUGGACAUGGAGCGUGAGUUUGAUUCGGAAGGCUUGAGGAAGAGCAGACCUGGUGAAGAGGUUGAUUAUAAUAAUUUAGUGGAAAUUCCAAUAAGUUAUGAUGUUGGGAUUGAGAGGUUAAUCAAGGAAGACGGACCAUUAAAGAGGAGAAAAGUGACUCCAAGAAGAACAAAGAUCAAAGGGAAAGCGGUUCAGACAGAGAAUUCUACAGUGCAGAUGGCUAUGAAUGGAGGGGGUACUCUUUCAAGGGGAAUUUCUAAGGAAUUGGAUUUGACCCUUGACAACAAUUUGAAAGCGGCGAACCUAGGUGAUUUCAAUGAGAUAGCUAGUUCGAAGGAGAAGAAGGGAGGGGGCCCGAAACCCGACUAUCUUAUGAAAAAUUUUAGACAAGCUAUGUCGGAUUGCCAUUUGAGGGAAAUUGCUUCUAAAGGAAAUGCUUUUACAUGGUGCAAUGGGAGGACAUCCAAUUUGAUUUUUGAGAAGCUUGACCGUGUGCUAUGUAACUCGGGUUGGAUGGAUCACUUCAAAACUAAUAAGACCACUCUCCUUAAAUGGUGGAACUCGGAUCAUAGACCGAUUCUCUUGGAAGCUAAUCAAGGUGCCAAAGGGAGUUUGUUUAGAAGGAAAUCGGGGUCUCGAUUUCAUUAUGAACAUGCUUGGGCGGAUAAUGAAGAAUGCCACAAGAUUAUUAAUGAAGUUUGGAGAGCCAAAGAGAAUGGGAAGCCUAUUGAUACCCUUACUCAUUUAAUUUCCAAUUGUGGAAGGAGAUUACAUGAGUGGAAUAUCACUCAAAAAAAUGCCACUUUUGCUCGUUCCAAGGAGUUAAAAGGAAAAAUUGAUUGGCUGUCCAAAUCAUCAAAUUUGAUGGAUUGGGUAGCCCGUCAAAAGUUGGAAAAGGAUCUUAAUGGUGUGGAAGAAAAACGGGAGAUAAGGACUUCGUGGAAAAUUCCUUGCCGCAUUAGUGAAGCCGAUAACAGAGCACUCCUGGAACCUUUCACCAGCGAUGAAAUUCAAGCUUCUUUGUUCCAAGUUCACCCCUUGAAGGCCCCUGGGAAGGAUGGAUUACCGGGUCUGUUUUUCCACAAAAAUUGGGACUUAAUUAAAGCCGAUUUUACCGCUGCCUGCCUGGAUAUUUUGAAUCAUAAUUCGGAUUGCAAGACCAUAAAUGAAACCCUUAUAUGCCUCAUUCCAAAGGUAAAACAGCCAGCUAAGAUGUCGGAUUUCCGGCCUAUUAGCCUUUGUAAUGUGGUUUAUAAGGUUGUUUUGAAGUGCCUUGCCAAUCGUAUGAAACUUAGUAUGAAUUCAGCAAUAUCCGAAAACCAAAGUGCUUUCAUUGGUGGUCGAAUUAUUCAAGAUAAUGCCAUCCUUAGUUUGGAAAGUCUUCAUUGUAUGAGGAAAGGUCGGUUCGGGAAUGGAAGGAAGAUGGCUUUUAAACUUGAUAUGUCUAAGGCAUACGAUAGAGUAGAAUGGGAUUUCUUGGAAGCAAUGAUAGAAGCGGAAAGGGCUGGGAAGAUUCAUGGGUUACGGUUUGGAAGCUUGGAUCUAAGGCUCUCCCACUUAUUUUUUGCAGAUGAUAGUCUUAUCUUUCUAGAUGCUACUAUGGAGGAGUGCAAGGCGAUAAAAGAGGUUCUGGGAAGGUAUGAAACUUUAUCUGGCCAAUGUAUAAACUUUGAGAAAUCUGAAAUGUGUGUGGGCAGCAAGAUCAACACAUCCGUGGCGGAAACUCUAGCUAAUUACUUGGGCGUUUCUUUGGUGAAAAGCCAUACUAAAUACCUGGGUAUGCCUUCUUUUGUGGGAAGGAAUAAAAAACAAGUUUUUGGCAUAAUUAGAGAUAAGGUGGAAGCUAAACUUCAAGGUUGGAAGAUGGGGCUCUUCUCCCAAGCGGGAAAGGAAAUUUUGAUUAAAGCAGUGAUCCAAGCUAUCACUUGUUAUAUCAUGAGUUGUUUUAGAAUUUCAAAAGGCAUUCUUAAGGAGAUGGAGAGUAUGAUUGCUAGAUUUUGGUGGGGAUCUACAUCUAAUAAACACAAGUUACAUUGGGGUAAUUGGAAGAAAUUGUGUAGACUCAAGGAGCAAGGUGGCAUGGGCUUUCGGGAUUUGGAAGAUUUUAACAAAGCGAUGUUGGCCAAGCAAGGAUGGAAACUCAUAACCGAACCAGCUAGUUUAAUGACAAGGGUACUUAAAGCUCUCUACUUUCCUCAAGGUAAUUUUAUGGAAGCUACUAUAGGCCAUUAUGGGUCAACAGUUUGGCGAAGUAUACUUUGGGGAAGGGAAAUCUUACUUAAAGGCUCUCGGUGGUGCGUUGGGAAUGGUAGUACUAUUCGAAUUAAUGAAGAUGCUUGGCUGCCAAGAGGCAUGCCCUUUUCUCUUCGCACAAAAGCAUUGCUUCCCGAAGAAUUGUCAAAAAGAGGUAUGUCCUUGGAAACUACUUGUGAUUGGUGUCACAAGAUAGAGGAGGAUAUUUGUCACGCUUUAUGGUUUUGUCCUAAAGUCCUUAAGAUAUGGAAGCUUGCUGGUUUUGAUACUCAGAAUUUUAUACACAUGCCGAAAGCUCCAGAUUUGCUCUUUUACUUAUGGGGCAAACUUCCUAAGGAAGAAAUGCUUCAAUUCAUCGGUCUUUCCUGGCUAAUUUGGCAGCGUAGAAACAAACUCAUCUUUAAACAUCAAGCUCAAGAGAUUCAUAGUUGGGUAAGAUGGGCUCUUGAGAAGUUAGAUGAUUAUUUUGAAGAGAGUAAGCACUCUCGGCAGGACAGAGUUGUGAAAGCAAAUCAGAAAUGGGGUCCUCCUCCUAUUGAUUGUGUAAUGAUUAACACAGAUGCCUCCUUAAUUGUUGAUAAAUUGGGGUGUGGUUUAAGUGUUGUGAUUAGAGAUUCGGCUCGUGACUUAAUUGUGGCUGAAACUGUUUUUUUACCAGGUAUAGCUUCAGUUCACUUGGCGGAGGCUGCUGCUGUACACUUGGGGGUUCGUCUUGCUCAUAAAUGGGCUGUUUCGAAAGCCAUUGUUGCUGCAGAUUGCUUGAGUAUCAUUGAUAGUCUGCAAUCGGGUUCUGCUCUUCAUUCAGAUUGGGGCAUGUUAAGUAGAGAGAUCCUUAGGCUCAAACAUCAUUUUCUUUCAUUAAAUUUUACUCAUGUGCAUAGAGAUUGUAAUGCCGUAGCAAAUGCUUUAGCAAUUUGGAGUCGAAUGACUCAUUCUUCUUGUAUUUGGAUAGAUUCUUUGCCCUCUUGUGCUGCUGCCUAUUUAAUGGCAGAUAAGCCUGGUGUGGUUGCUUAA